AUGGUGGCUGCUCUGGCUCUGAGUUCAGCCAACGGCCUGUUGCUUAAAGGAGGCAAGGAAGCUGCCCACAGCAAUCGAGCCCUGAUGGAGCUGGUAUCAACUAGGGAGGAAAUCAGUGAUCUCUUGAGUAUGGAUCAACACAUUGACUUGAUUAUCCCACGUGGAUCCACAGAAUUAGUUCGCAGUAUCCAGCAAAGAAGUCAGCACAUUCCUGUUCUUGGGCACGCAGAGGGCAUCUGUCACGUUUACGUUGAUAGGGAUGCUGAUUUACAUAAGGCUCUGAAAAUUGGGGAAGAAGAAGAUGAGGAGGAAGAUGAAGACGAGGAGGAGGAAGAUGAAGACGAGGAGGAGGAAGAUGAAGACGAGGAGGAGGAGAUGAAGACGAGGAGGAGGAAGAUGAGACGAGAGGAGGAAGAUGAAGACGACCGGAGGAGGAAGAUGAAGAAGGGUAGGAGAACGAUGAGACGAGGAGAUGAAGAUCGACGGAGAGGAGACACCGAAGAGCAGGAUGAAGAGGAGGAAGGACGAGGAGGAAGGAAGGAAGAGAGGAGGAGCGAGGAUGAAGAGGAGGAGAGCGAUGAGAGACGAGAGGAGGACGCGGAGGAGGAGGAGGAGGAGGAGGAUGAAGACGAGGAGGAGGAUUAUGUUGGGGAUGAGGAUUAUGAUCUUCUAUUGGAAUAUUUAUUUUUCAUUCUACUUAUUAAUCAGUUCCUUGGGUAG